GUGCCUUGUUGUGCAAUUGCAACCGGAGCGAUUUCGGCGUUGUGGAAAUGUUUGCCGAGCGGAUCACUCAGCAGCUGGGGAAACCCACCCAAAACCUGUGGGGGUGGAUGGCGAAAAAGUUUUUUGAGAAGCAUAACAGGUUGCUGGAGGCGAGUGCUGUGAAGCUGUGUGAUAUACAGCCCGGGAAUGUGGUCCUGGAACUGGGCUUUGGACCGGGCCUGGGGUUGCAGGAAGCUGCCCGACGCCUGACACACCCCCCGGGCAAGCUGUACGGCCUGGAUAUCUCGGAAUACAUGUAUAAUGUGGCCAGCGAGAGGAUGCAGGCGGAGAUUCAGACGGGGAAGGUGAAUCUGUUCCUGGGCAGCGUGGAGCAGAUCCCUCUGGAGGGUGGUGUGGUGGACAGGGUUUACCACUGCAACUGUUACUACUUCUGGCCUGACCUGCGAGCUGGGAGCCGGGAGAUCCGUAGAGUAAUGAAACCAGGAGGUCUGAUGGUCACCACCUUGCACCUGGAGGAUCUAAAGAGGUUGGUUGCUUCUGGAGUGUUGAAGGAUACAAAAUGGCAACCUGAGCCUUACAUGGAGGUUCUGAGUGAGACGGGAUUUGUUGAUGUGCAUUUGGAAGAGCAGCAACUCAAUGGAAGGUCCUUACAUGCUAUUUUUGCUACAGCAAACGAGGCCUGAAUGUGCCGUUAUUGCAGCCUUUGUAUCAUGAAUAGUUUGAUACCAGUAUAGCAAUGAUCCUCUGUCAAUGCAAAAGUAUACUGGAACACAGUCACUUACAGUUGUCCCAGAUGGGUUGAGAAACCAGUUACGUUGAAGUAUUUCAAUAUGGAAUUCCGUGCUGAUUUGUGAAGCUCUGCAUUCAUUUAAUGCACCAUAUUCUACUUUCAAGCUGAUUUCAAUAAGAUGUGUUGGGAACUUAUCUCCACUGGUGAAACAAUCUGAGCUGAUGUCCAAAAUGAGCUACUGAACAAUAAGAUGUGCUGGCCCAUACUAUGCUGGUGGACUUCCUGAUCUGAAUGCCAGGAAGGACAGGGAGGGACAGAGAUCUGGCACUUGUCCUCUGGGAUGUGAGGAGACUGUAGAGGCCCCACACACCCUGAUUUCACUCGUUCACUAGCAGUCAGUACACAGUGUCACAAAGUACAGGAGGAAAGUUAGAAGUUUAAUAUUUGAUACGGUAAAGCUUCACUAAUCUGGCAAGUUUAUGACCUUGGUGGUGCCAUGUGAGUGGACUUUUAGGUAUUGCGCAGCAGAAUCAUAAAUUCUCCAGUGAACCUGAUAGAUUGCAUGGGAGCGUGGGAAAGAAAGCCGAGUUAGUUUCAGAAGAGUGGUGGAACUGGGUGAGUUGAAAGGUAGUGAGGGAAUCGGAGCUCAGUGAGUUUAAAGGUAGUAGACUCAGUAAGUGGAAGGGGAAUUUGGGAACCUUGGCCCUGAUGAGUGGGAAUGCAGGGCAGGAACUGGAACUCCGGAGAGAGUGCAGGAACCUGGGACCCUGUGAGUGGAAAGGAAGUGUGUGAACUAGGUCCCAGGUGAUUUUUUUCUUGAAAUCAUUAUUUAAAACCAGCCUUUUCAAUGGUACUUCAGCAAAAAAACUUCCCAAGAUGCAUAUGUACAACACUAACUGGAUUAUCUUCAUCAAUCCCCUAUGAUACAUAGAACAUAGAAUAUUCCAGCAUAGUACAGGCCCUUCAGCCCACGAUGUUGUGCCAACAUUUUAUCCUGCUCUAAUAUCUAUCUAACCUUUCCCUCCCACAUCGCCGUCCAUUUCUCUAUCAUUCAUGUGACUAUCUAGGAGUCUCUUAAAUGCCCCUAAAGUAUCUGCCCCCACAACCUCUGCGGGCAGUGCGUUCCACACACCCACCACUCUCUGUGUAAAAAACUUACCCCUGACAUCCCCCUUAUACUUUCCUCCAAUCACCUUAAAAUUAUGCCCCAUUGUGUUAGCCAUUGUCGCCCUGGGAAAAAGUCUCUGACUGUCCACUUGACCUCUGCCUCUUAUCAUCUUGUUCACCUCUAUCAAGUCACCUCUCAUCCUCCUUCUCUCCAAAGAGAAAAGCCCUCGCUCACUCAACCUAUCCUCAUAAGACACAAGUUACCCUGUUAAAAAACUCAAUCAGGUUAACCAAUCGUGAUGUACUGAGUUCCGAAGCAUCAAUGAUUCAUUGACUGAAGGGUAGAAGAGAAUGGAUCUUACCCUAAACAUCUACACAACAAAGGUCCAGGACCUAACUGCCCCUGCCACACAACACUAUGGAGAAGAUGGACCCCUUCCCAUUUCUCAGGAGCCACUCCUAAGGAAGGCAGACAUCGAUGUUGAAAUUCACCAUUGUCUUUAGGGGCUAGCAGAGCCUUUUUCUGUUUGAGGAAAAGAGUGUUUGAAGAUCAAGAAGUCAAACCCGGCACUAAGGUCAUAGCCUACUUAGCGGCAGUGUCCCUGCCACCCUUUGGAGCUCCGUGUCGGCAGGAGAUUACGAGCUAGACAAAAAAAGAACAAUUCAAGGAUGUGUUCAAAGCUUUCUUGAAGAAGUAUAACGUCCCUGGCGUUGACCAUUCAGACUGAAGCAGGAGUAUUGAGGUGGCACUGAGGUCCUCAAGUACCUUCAUGGGGAGCACCCAGGGAGGAAUGCACCAUCUUCCAAACUGCUCGCCCACCAACCCACACACAUGUUAAGCCUUUUCUGUGCCAUGUGACACAUUCUCGAGGAUGCCUGAAGUUCCCACAUGGCACAGAAAUUGUACGUUUCACCUGCUUCACUAUUAUUUAUGUUUAAAAUAUAUCCUUACAUUUCUCAUCAAUUUCCUUUAGAUACUUUUAUUAUUCUGUUAUCCUGGUUAUACUGCUCUUGUCAAUGUUUUCUACUUGAUGUAGAAGCUAAAAGUUAAAAUGAUUUGCCAUGUAUAUACCUCCCAGUCUGUUGUAAUCUUUCUUUUAAAAAUCCCACAACUUGCAUUAAAUAGUGGACAAAGUUUUAAAAGUGCUUGAAGCUUACCUGAACCACCACAAAGCAGCCUUCUGCCAAGGCACCGAAUUCCCACCUGAACGAAUUCCUGAUUUUAGGACUCACUUUGUUCAAGUUCAUUCCGUGUGGCCUCUGCACAGAGGAAAGGAGUGACGGCAAAUUAGGGCUAUCGACAGAGGGGAAGAGAGCAAAGGUUCCAGCGCUGGCGAGGUUGGCUGACAAGUCAAAACUUUCUGCAACUCAACCUCAGCAGUGUUGUGGUUUGGAUGAAAUGCAGGGUGUGAUGGAACUGGAUGGGACUGAGGGUUGGAUACUUUUGCGGAGAUAGAGAAUCAGAUGUCCCCAAACCCAUGUCAGGUAUUACCAAGAAACUACAUGAAGAUGAGAUCAAGUUCAAGUUAUACCUUAUUGUCACUCACCCAGAUGCUAUAAAAACACAUGGAGGAACGAAAUGUCGUUUCCCCGAGACUCACGUAACAGAGGACAUACAUAGAACAGAGGACAUACAAUUGUGCAAGCACAAAUAGUGCAAAAAAUGGUAUAUACAGAAUACAAAAUGAGUGCAGGGUUAGUGCAAAACCGAAUUGGACGAAGAAAAUACCGAACUCAGUGUGUUGCACUAAAUGUAUAAACAUGUUCAGCAGCAGCCAACGUUCUUAUACGCCAUUGUGCAAACCAGGGCUUUUAACGUGGCAUUUGCCUGAAACAGCCUCCAGGGUAUUCAGGAGCCUGACAGGCAUGUAUACUUGGGCAAGGUAAAGGAACAGAAGACUUGCCUUUCUACAGCACUUUCCAUUGAACUCAGGGCUGAUCAAGUAGCUUUUGAAGGUGUAGUCACUAUCACAUUGUGGAAACCCAGACAGCCAAUUUGUGCAGAGCAGGGUCACACAAAAAAUGUUAGAUAACUGCCAGAUAAACUUUGAUGGUGCUGUUGAUAAAGGGGAAAAUUGCCCAGACCCCCUGGAAAGAAGAUAACUUUGAAGACUUGAAUGUCAGUUGCAAUGACAGAUUAAUAUCACACCUGUAAUAUAACAUUGAACAUAGAACAGUACAGCACAGGAACAGGCCCUUCGGCCCACAAUAUUGUGCCAAACCAAUUACAUUAGUAAUAAAAUGCCCAACUAAACUAAUCCCUUCUGCCUACACAGUGUCCAUAUCCUACCAUUUCCCUCACAUUUAUGAGUCUGUCUAAGAGCUUCUUGAAUGCCCCAGUCGUACUUGCCUCCACCCACACCCCAGGCAGCACAUUCCACUCUCUAUGUAUAAAACUUGCCCCACACAUCUCCUUUGAACUUAUCCCCUAUCACCUUAAAUGCAUGCCCUCUGGUAUUAGACAUUUCAACCCUGGGGAAAAGAUACUGGCUGUCUACUCUCUGUAUGCUUCUCAUAAUCUUAUAAACCUCUAUCAGAUCUCCCCUCAGCCUCCACUGCUCCAGAGAGAACAACCCAAGUCUGUCCAACCUCUCCUCAUAGCACAUGCCCUCUAAUCCAGGCAGCAUCUUGGUAAACCUCUGCUGCACCCUCUCCAAAGCCUUGACAUCCUUCCUAUAAUGGGGCAACCAGAACUGAAUGCAGUACUCCAGAUGAGGCCUAACUAAAGUUUUAUAAAGCUGUAAUGGAAGAAAUAAAGAUGUAUUUAGAAGAAACACAUUAGUUGUGAAAGUAAAACCGUCAUUUAUGGUUAUAUCCAAGAUGCAGGAAGUGUAAUUUGGUGGUUAUGUAGUUUGGAGUCAUGAGUACAAGGGAAAGGGUGAUCAGAGAGGGAUAGAUGAACAGACACAAUGAGAAGGGAAUAUCUUGGAGCCACUCUUCUUUCAUAACUGAAAACCCAAGCGUGAUGGUAUCUGAUCAUUGCCUCUUAAUCUCACCCUCUACUACCCUUUGUAACCUGAAUGAUUAUCCUGCAUAGACCAGAUGAAUCUGCAAAUGUGAAAUGGGAACAUUGAGUUAUAUUCAGUUUGUGGCUGAAGAGUUUACAUUCAAGUCUGCCUUGUGACUUUUCCCUGGUUUUUCUAGACAAUUCCAAAUUUUUGAUAGCUUUCUCAACAUUUCCAACACACCACCCAGUCACCCGUGGUCAAAAAACUACUUUACCUAUGAUUCCAUAUACAGUACCAAGUAUCCAUUGUGCAUGUGGAAAUCCUGUGUAUGUCUAUUCAACUGCGUGAGGCAGCACAGCCUACCCUAACCCUGUCUGAAACUGGAUUUUUUGCAGCAGGAAAUCAGUGAAUAACAAUCAGGAGAUUGAACAUUUUCUCAAUCCCCAACACAAAACCCAGUUGCACAAUGGUCCCUUCUGUGCUCUCUGAAUUCAACUCAGAUUGGGGAUUAAUGGUAUGGAAUUGUUUUAUUUUCAUGUGCAAUGAGAUACAUUGAAAAGCUUUUGUUUGCAUGCCAUCCAGGCAGAUCAUGCCACGCAUAGGUACAUUGAGGUAGUAAAAAGAAAACAGGAUGCAGAAUAUAGUGUUUCGCCUGCAGAGAAAGUGCAGAGCAGUAAACAAAUAAAGUGCAAGGGCCACAAAGGAGCAGAUUGGGAGAUCAAGAAUUCACUUUUAGGGCAUGGUCUGCCCUACUUUACAGUCUGAUAACAGUAGGAUAGAAACUUUAAGUCUUGUGGUACGUGCUUUCAAGCUUUUGUAUCUUCUGUUUAGGGGAGAAGAGAGAUUGACCAGGGUGGGAGGGGUCCUUGAUUAUGUUGGCUGCUUUCCCGCUGUAGCGGGAAGUGUAGACAGAGUUCAUGGAAGGGAGGGUGGUUUGCACAAUGGACUGUUCACAACUCUUUGGUUCAGUUACUCAUCAGCUAAAUCAUGUGAUGCAUUGGGAAAAUCAAUAAUACUAUAUAGGAGUACACAUUAAUAUAUUGGAUUUUCUGCUGUAUGUUUAUAACUAAACCAUUGGAAAGGAGAUUAUUCGUUUAUUUAAUUCACCAAUAGGGCCAAAUCUGUGAAUGGCAGCACCACCCAGAGGAUUAUCAGGGAAGUGCAAGCAAGGUACUGCCUUGUGUCUGCUCGGCAUUACAAUGCCAGUUUUAGGCAAUGUUAAGAAAAUAUAUCCUGGAAUUCUUAUAGCUGAGAAAGAGUUAAUUUGGCCCAUUGAACCUGUUGUGUUUUUGAAAGAGAAAUCAAUCACAUUCCAAUUCAACAGCCCUUUCUUGGCAGUCCUGUACAUUUUUUUUCUAUUUAGCACUUAAAAAGCCACCACUGAACCUGCUUCCACCAUCCUCUCAGAUCAUGCAUGCCCAUCAUAACAACUGGUUGUCAGAUAAAGCUUUUUUUCCCAUAUAUUCUUUGGUUCUUUUGCCAGUCCCUUAAAUGUAUGUUGACUGGCUCUUGGUGCAUUUGUCAACGUAGUUUUGUUUUAUUUACAUAAUCUAGACUUUACAUGAUCUUGUACACUUUCACCAUAUCACCUCUCACACUUCUCUGGCCGAAGGGAAGAACCCUAGCUUCUCAAAUUUAUCCUCAGCUGAAGAAUGUCAUCUCCAGGAUCAUUUAAAAUCUUUUGUACAGCCUCUUUAAUGUGUGCUUCCCAGAGCUGAACACAAUAAUCUAGUUUGGGCCAGUUACAUAGAUUUAAGAUUAUUUUGCUGCUUUUGUACAUAAUCCCAUUAUAAAGAUCUGACGGCCUUAUGCUGUUCUUAAACUGCAUUCUCAACCUUUCUUGCCUUCAGACUCAUGAAUAUGUCUCCUCUCCUUGCAUUCCCUUUAGAAUUGUUCUCUUAUUAUUCAUGAUGCCUCUUCUUGUUCUUUAUUUUUACCAAAAUGUAUCGCUCUGCACUUCUCUUCAUCAAGUUUUGCCAGCUAAGUCUUUUUGAAUUCUAUCACUUCUCUGCAUUUACAAAACUUUUAAAUUUUUUGUCAAAUGGAAACUUUGAGAUUAUCCCUUAUACAGCAAAAUCCAAGUUAUUAAUGUGUUUAGGAAAACUAGUGGCCCUAGUCCCAAUCCCUGUAUUCCUUGUUCAGGUUGGGAAACAAAAACAUUCAGCACUGUUCCUUGUUUCCCGCUCUAAGCCAAUGUUGUAUCCAUUGCUCUUCAUGGUCUCUGACAUAUAACGUGUGGCAAAUUCCAUUUUGCAUUUCUAUAUAUAUAUAUAAAACAAAUUGCAUUGCACUUAUUAAUGCUCACAAUUACCUUAUCAAAAGUCCCAAUCAAGUUAAUUAAAAAUGAGGCGUUGCUAACAUGUCCGUUCUAACUUUUAUUUAUUAUUCCACAUUUCAAUUAACUAUUAAUGUGUUCCACGAACUUUGUUCCUACCAUUGAGGUCAAACAGAUGGUCUGUGGUUUCCUAACAACUUUUUUUAAAUACGGGUGUAAUGUUUGCAAAUUUCUGUUCCUAUAUCACUACCCCUGUACCUAAGGAGGAUUUGAGUUACCUAUGCAACUUCCAUUACUGCAUCCCAUCCAAACCCUUUUCUAAGUACAGCUAAUCUUUCAAGUGGACACUCUUUAUUAAUAGUGAGAAUGGUGCCUUAGUUUAGCUGUGGUUCUGGUUCUAACUCAGAUAACCAGAGGGUGAGGACAUUGUGGGUAGAAUUUUUGUAAUAAAAGGAUUUAAGACUCCAGUGGGAGUUUUGUAUCAGCCCCGUGGUGCCAACUAUGCAAUAUCAGAAUUUGUAUCUAAUAUUGGAUAAAAUGUAGCAAAAUCAGUGUAGUUUCAAUGAAGGAUUUUAACUUUAAUGUGGAUUAGGAUAACCAGACCAGCUCACGAGUGAAAGCUCGUUAAUUUCUUGAUAGGUUUUCUUUAUGAUAAUGUGAUCCAGUACUGGAAAAUGUUACAUUCAGUAUUGAGUAAUGUGCCAGAUUUAGUUAACAGAGCUGCAGUACGUGAAUAUAUAUAUCAUCAAGAUCAUAAUCUUAUUGAGUUGAAUGUAGUGAUUGAAAGAGAAAUGCAAAACAACACUUAUAUGUAGGUAAGACUAACACCCAUCAGAUGUGAUAAUGACAAUGUAUACCAUUAAUCUGUUAAAAGCUAAAAUGACAGUAGGUUAGCGGAAAGUAUUUAGAAAAGAAUUUGAUGAGACACAAAGUCCAUUUGUAGUUUGAAAGGACAAGAGCUCUAGUUGCCAAAAAAAACAAAUGGGGUAAAGAACAACAUGGGAAAAAACACACAAACAGAAAGCUGGAAGCUCGAAGCUGAGGAAGAACUAUAAAGGGUGACAAAAUAGCCAGGGGAAGCUAAAAAAAAACAGAAGUAUGAAAUGAAGUGUAACAGAUAUGAAGAACAACAUAAAAGUUUUUUGCAAUUACAUUAAAAAAAAAGUGGAAGGGGCCUGGUGCAACGUGGUCUUGAAAAUGGUGACAUUGUAAAAGAAAAUAGGGAAACAAUGGAAAUAUUAAGUAAUUACUCUGCAUAAGUAUUGACAACUGAGGAAAAGAAUGGUGUGCCCACUAUCCUGAUGAAACAACUUGGGGACUCACCAGAAAUAACACAUACAUAAUAACAGUAAUCAAGAAAAUAAUGGUAUCAAAAUGUGUCAAAUCCCCAUAAUCUCAUGCAUUCCAUCACAGUGUUUUAAAGGAAGCUGGUGCCCUAAAUGCAACUUUCAGAAGUUCCUUUGAUUUGGAAUGGUCCCUUUAGUUUAGAAAUCUGCUCAUGCCACUCAUCUAUUUAAGGAUACUAAGAGAAGGAAAUAAUGGAACAAUGGACUGGUUUUCCUUGCAUGUAUUGGGAAAUUACAUUUACAUAGUAAUUUGGCCUUGGUCAGUAGCACUAAAAAAAGGAUAAGUGAAUUCUACUGUUUUUAACAGAUUAACAAUAGUUCCGUUGAAGUCAGUAGCCAUGUAAACCACACCCUCAGCUAUCUUGACUACACUUCCUCCACCCGGCUUCCUGCAAGGAAACCCUUCUCCUAGUUUCUCCCCUUCGGUCACACCUGAUACGAUGACACCAUACUCCAAAUCAGUGCUUCCAAUCUGUCUUCCUUUUCCCUCAGCCCUAGCUUCCCCGCUACCAUAAUUGACAGGGCCCUUUAUUAUGUCUGUUCUAUUCACACACUGCUGGUCUCAGCCCUUCUCCAUCCUCCCAGAACAAGGAUGGGAUUCCCCUUGUCCUCACCUUCCACACACCAGCCUCUUAGCUCAAUGGAUCACCCUCUGCAAUUUGCAGAGACCACCAAAGUGAUGCUGCCAACAGACACUUCUGCCUUCUCUUUAAGCAUUCUGUAGGGAUCAUUCCUUUCAGCAUGUUUGUAUUUGCUGCAUCGUGUGCACUAUUCCCACUCCCUUUCUGUGAGGAGGAAAUGCCAUAACGUCAUGGAGUUGUACAGAAUGGAAGCAGGCCCUUCAACCCACCCUGUUUAUGCCAACCAUCAAGAACCCAUCUAUACCAAUCCCAAGUACUAGCACUUAGUCACUAGCCUUCUAUACCUUGGCGAUUCAAGUCCUCGUCCGGAUACUUGUUAAGUGUUGUGAGAGUUUCUGCCUCUAACACCCUCUCAGGCAGUGCAUUCCGAACUCUAACCAUCUUCUAGAUGAAAAAUUCUUCUUUAUAUCCCCAUUCAAACCUCUUACUUAUUACCUUAAAUCUACUCCCUCUGGUUAUAGACACCUCUGUGGGGAAAAAUUUACUAUUAUCUACCCUAUUUAUGCCCCUCAUAAUGGCAUACACCUCUAUCAGGUCCCCCCUCAGCCUUCUCUGCUCCAAGGAAAACAAACCCAGCUUAUCUAUUCUCUCCUCAUAACUGAGACACUCCAUUUCAGGCAACAUCCUGGUGACUCUCCUCUCCAGAGCAACACAUCCUUUCUAAUACAGAGGUAACCUAAACUGUAUGCAAUAUUCCAGAUGUGGCUUCAUCAAUCUUUUAUAAAGCUUUUCCACAACUUUUCUGUUCUUAUGUUCUGUGCCCCAGCUAAUGAAGGCUGACAUCCCACAUGCCUUCUUUACCUGAACUACUUGAGCUGCCACCUUCAAGAGUCUUUGGACUUGUUACACCAAGGUCUCUCCAUUCCUCAACACUCCCUAGAGCUCUACCAUUCAUUGUCUAUGCCCUACCUUUAUUUGAACUCCAAAGAUACACUACACAUCAUCAUUAAAUUUCACCUGCUGCUGCUCUGCCCAAUUCUGUAGCUUGAGUCUAAUCUCCCCACUAUCCACAAGACCAUCAGAUUUUGUGCCAUGUGUUAAUUCACCCCUAAUUACUCCUCCUACACUGACAGCUAAGUCAUGACUGUAUAUAACAAACAAUAAGGAUCCCAGAACUGAUCCUGUGGUACACCAUUGGUCACAGGCUUCCAGUCACAAAAGCAACCCUCCACCAUCACCCUCAAGCCAACUUUGGAUCCAAUUUGCCUAGCAUCCCAUGUGCACUCACAUGUGGUGAGAAUAAAAUGGGGCUAGAACUUAGAAUAGACCUGAAUGCUGUACAAUCAGCCUACAGCAGGAGGGGCUAAAACAAAACACAGCUCCUAUAAUGCUCCAAUUUAAAUUUCCGUACUUUUAAUGUGCAGUGUUACAUGAAGAACUAUGAGGUAGAAAUUAAUCUUGUACACUAUUCAUUUUGACCAGAAUGUGUUACAUUCCUUACCUGGAGCUGUAUUCUUCCCUGUUUUCCUAUAACACAAAAAUAGCACAUUUGGCUCUAUCUACAGGUCCCAGAGAAACUACUUCGUGAAAAUUUUUAUAAACGUUUGAGAAACCUAACAUAUACAGUUAUGUUGUCAUGCAAUAUAUAUCUGGUUCUCUCCCUGGUAAUUCUACUAGUUUCUCUGAAUGUCACUACCAGCAUUUGAAAUACUUAACUGUCUCA